GUCUCUCUCUCACACACACACACAGUCUGCGGUCCCGCUAUUCACGUCGAAAUCACCGCAAACUUUGAGCCAUUUCAGAGACGAUGGCGCAGUGGACGCUUCUCCUGUUUUCUCUCUGCGGAGUUCUGCAUGACGGAGAGUCUCAGCCUCCCACUCUCCUGAAGUGCUGCCAGGACGGGAGGGACAGGGCCCUGAGACGACAGGACUGUGCGUUCCUCCCCCUCAUCUCCCCCUCACACACCUGCAGGAUCGCUCAGGAGCGGUGCUGCGAUGCAACAGUCGUAGACAAGCUCUGCGACAAAGGCGUUCAACUGGCCCGAAGUCAAGGGGCCUGCGAGAUGGCGUUCUUCAAGGGAGACCUUAAGCAAACGCAAAUCUCGAAGAUCUGUUGUGACUGCUGCAUGCUCGGCCUGACGGACCUGGAUUCGGACUGCGAGCUGCAGGGGCUGUCGCUGGGGAAAGACUGUGAACACACGGCUAAAAUCUGCUGUGGCAAUAACACAGAGAAGAGACCAAAUGCUGAGGGCUCCUCUUGCUCUCAGCUGCGUACAGAAAAUGGUUCAUGUGUCUGCCACGAUGGUUAUCAGCUGCAAGAUGAUGGAGUGAAAUGUAAAGAUAUCAACGAGUGUCUGCUGGACAGCCACAACUGCGUCUCCGGCCAAACCUGCAUUAACACAGACGGCUCCUUCCGCUGUCAGAGGGAAACCGGCUGUGGUACUGGGUACGAGCUCAGAGAUAACAACAGUUGCCAAGAUAUUGAUGAGUGUGCUUUGGGGACCCACAACUGCGGACAAAACUUUACUUGCACCAACACAGCCGGCUCGUUCCGCUGCCGACCGAGUGAGACGUGCACUGAAGGGUUCAUCCAGGACGCCAUCGGCCGCUGUAUCGAUGUAAAUGAGUGUGUGGCCAACACCGGUCCAUGCCUGCCCGGACACACUUGCAUCAACACAGACGGCUCCUUCACCUGUCGCAGGAACACAGUCAGCUGUGCAAGAGGCUAUCAUCUGAAUGAGGACGGCACUCGCUGUGAAGAUGUAGACGAGUGUCAUACAGGAAAUGUGUGUGGCAUCCACGGCUGUGUGAACCUCGUGGGAUCGUACCGCUGUGAGUGCAGAAUUGGCUUCGUCUUCAACAGCAUCACCAAACUGUGUGAAGAUAUCAACGAGUGCAUGCACUAUCCUGGACGACUCUGUGCCCACAAGUGUAAGAACACAGAGGGGUCCUACCUGUGCAGCUGCACCACGGGCUUCAGGCUCUCCCAUGACAACAGCAACUGUGAAGAUGUGAACGAGUGUGAGGCUAACCCCUGUAGCCAGGAGUGCUCCAAUGUGUAUGGCUCCUACCAGUGCUACUGUCGCCAUGGUUACCAGCUGAGCGACAUCAACGGGAUAACAUGUGACGAUAUUGAUGAGUGCGCUCUUCUUGCUGGAGGUCAGAUGUGUUCAUACAACUGCUCCAACGCCCCAGGAAGUUUCUACUGCACCUGCCCGUCCACUGGCUACACACUCUCCCCCGAUGGACGCACAUGUCAAGACAUUGAUGAAUGCGCAGCAGAGACCCACAACUGCUCUGUCUCUGAGAGCUGCUUCAACGUCCAAGGAGGAUUUCGCUGCCUGUCCCUCAAGUGUCCUCAGAACUUCCGGCAAGCGUCACCGGGACCCAGACCAGAUGUUUCGUUGGGUUUACGUUGUAUUAAGGACUGCCCACUUGAGGAAGCCAACUGUUCCGUCCACAUCAUCACCUACAGCAUCCUCUCUCUGCCAUACUUCGUAGACUUCAGCGCACCCGAGGAAAUAGUUUGGCUGCAGACGGUUGUGGCUGCUUACCCUGCUGAUCCCCGCAGAGCAACUGAUGUUUAUUUUGAGAUCACUUCAGCUGAUGAACAGUUCUCCUUUGACGUGGAGAAGCGCUUCCACCAGGACAAGAUUAUGGGUGUUGUGCGACAGGUGAAACCGAUCAUUGGCCCCAGGUAUCUGGAGCUGAAGGUGGCUAUGAAUUAUGUCAAGUCAGGAACCGUUUCCCAUCAAAAUGUUGUCGUCCUACGCAUCUUUAUCUCUGAGUUCUGGUUCUGAGCCGAGAAGGGAAGGGAAGUACUACAUCAGUAAAAUAACAUGUAACUUGGCAAAUUGUAGUUACAUAAUGUCACAUUUAUUGCUCGGAACAUUUACAAAAAGCAUCAAAGUUUCAAUCCAGGAACAGUUGCAGUUCACAGCAGGUCCUUGUUGUUGAGAUUGUUCAGCAUGGACCAAGGUCAAGUCAAAAUAUCACCUGUCGGGACUAAAGGGGCUUUUUACCAAAAAGUUAAUUGACAAACAAUAAUGAAAUGUUCUCACUCCUAAUUCCUGUAACCCAGAUGUGUUGAAUAUACAAUGCCUUUUACAAGAGUGAAAUAAAUAAAAUAGUACUCAGUACAGUGUAUACCUCCACCAAUGCCCGGCAGUCCACUUAUGAAACCACGUUUAAAUACAAUAGAUCCAUAUUUUUUGGGAUCUGCACCAAAUUCCACACAUUUCUAAUUAUCAGUCCCGUAAAAAUGCCUGACUUCAAGAUCCAAGAAUUAUUCUCAGAAAGUGAAAAUAAUCCCUGAUUUAGCAUUUAAUGGGUUUGUCCCUGACCCCCACUGCAUCCUUCCACCAGGGAUGAUGUUUGCUCCGUUUGAUCUACUGACCAGCUCUAACAUGCAUCGUUCGGAAAUAAGAUGCCAUUGUUGUUGACUGUGUUUUGUACCAUCAGGCUAUACAAGUGUCUGUGAAUAAUAAAGACUUGGUGCUGUUA